AUGGCAGAAGUGAAACUUGCAGAAGAAUAUGACAAGGCGAAGAAGCGUAUAGAGGAGAAUAAAGAUCAGAAAGUAAUGCGAGCUUUGACGAAACGGACCAUCGUUGAAAAAGUUACAGUGGAGUCGAAAAAAACAGCUUCUCUACAGGAAAUCGCGGCUGUUUCUGGUUUCUUAUGUAUGCUUCUCAAUGGGAAGGAAGUUAUUGGAUAUGGUGAUAAGUGUCUGCAACUUCCUGAGGGCGAUUUUAGAUGUUAUGGCUUCAUUAUUACAAUUGAGUCAUACAUAGGCGUUGCUGAACGAGAUCCAUCUUUGGCUCUUGUCAUUAGCCGGAUCUUGACGCUUAUUUGUGGAAACGUUCAAAAAUUUGAAGCUGUGCUGUUAGGCAAAAUUCUCAAGACAUCACAGCUUAUAUCACUGAACGAGGAGAAGUGCAAGGCAUAUGCGACGCAUAUAGCAGAAAUUGAAGAUCGGAGGUUUGCGCUUAUUCCUGAGACGAGUCUCAUCAAGUUGUUCAUCCAUCUUCACGUAAUCGGUUAG